AUGAAUAUUCCAAGACACAUCUUCACUAGUUGGAUGAUUGUGUGGAGAAGAAUCAGACUCGGAGCAAGAUUGGCUAGAUUAGGCAUUAUUGAUGCUUCAGAUUGUCCUUUGUGUGGACUGUUUGAUGAAACAGUUGAUCAUUUGUUCUUUGAGUGUCAGUACACUAAGGAAUGUUGCAGGAUCAUUGACAAGGUGACUGUGUAUAAUUGUGACCCAAGUACUCUGGAGAGUUGUAAUGACAAGUUGAAAACUAUUACAGGAAGAUUUAUAAGACAAGUGAUUCAGAGCUGCUAUGUUGGGUUAUUGUAUUCUGUUUGGCAGCAGAGGAACAAGGCUGUGUGGGAUCUCUGUCUACAAAGUCCUCAGCAUGUGAUGAAGAAGCUGUUGUGGGAUAUCUAUCAUAGAAUUAGUGUGGUAAUGCCUAAGAAAACGAGUAAGAGAAAUAGGGAGUGGUCUAGAUGCUUAAUCAGUUAG